AAGCGGUAAAGUAAAAUCUCUACACAACAAUCAAUGGAAGAUCAUCCACCUGGGUUUCGUUUCUUCCCAACGGAAGAAGAGCUAGUUGGCUUCUACCUACACAACAAACUAGAAGGCAAAAGAAACUCCAUAGACAGAGUUAUCCCAGUUAUUGACAUCAAUGGCGUAGAACCGUGGAACCUUCCAACACUUGCAGGGGAGCUUUGUCGUGGGGACACGGAGCAGUGGUUUUUCUUUACACCUGGUCAAGAGAGAGAAGCCAGAGGAGGUAGACCCAGCAGAACCACGUCUUGUGGGUAUUGGAAAGCCACUGGUUCUCCUGGCUAUGUUUAUUCUUCUGAUAACAAAGUCAUUGGAAUGAAAAAAUCCAUGGUAUUCUACAAAGGAAAAGCUCCUACUGGUAGGAAAACCAAAUGGAAGAUGAAUGAAUAUAGAGCCAUCCAAGUCCCCGACAAAUCCAUCACUUCCAUCCCUCAGUUGAGAAGGGAAUUCAGCCUGUGCCGGGUUUAUGUCAUAUCGGGAAGCUUUCGAUCAUUUGAUCGACGUCCAUCAGAGAAUGGAAGAGUGGAGAACAGGUUUUCUGCGGCACAUGCUAAACACGCUGCGAGAAUCGAUGGUUCAAGUUCUUCUCAUACUACUUCUCACUUAGAGGGGGUUCAUACCGCUACACUGACAGAGCCUGGAGAAUCAUGUAGCACAAAUUGGAAUGUGAAUUAUAAUGAGGUCAAACUCCAAGAACCGUUGUGGGAGUUCGAAUGGGAACAAUUCAAUUGGGUCUAACUCUAACCCAAACUGAGACCUCAAGAAAGACCCAUUAGAAGAAUACGAGAAGAUCAUAUGUAACAUGAUCAAUAUUUGUUUUUUCAGAUUAGGAUUCAUUAAGUAUAGAAGAUUAUAAGCAGGAUUUUUGUUACUUACCCCCAAUUCAGUCUCCAGAUAGCUAGUGCUUUAUUCAAUUUGAAUAUCUAGUCCAUUUCUU